UUAAACACAAUCAAGAAAUUAUAACAAAGAUUAAAAUUUUUUUAAUUUAUAAAUUGGGAUUUUGGUUUAAUAUUUCAUUCUUAAGUGACAAAAAUGAUUCACUGAGCCAUAUUUUUUAGGGCGAGUGAAAUAGAAGCAGCCAAGGGUUGUAUAUCUGUCUGUUACAGUCAGUAACAAUAUUUGCCAGGCUUCUCAAAUUAUCUAGUGUACUGAAUUUAGAUGUUAGCAUUUCUUGUUUGCAUUUUAAUUCGCUAAAUUUAAAAUCUUCCUGUAGAGCCGAGCUAGUUCUACCUUAAAAAAGAAGACACCCCUCUGCUUAAAUGAAAUGGUAUUUCCUGCUUUCAUAAACAGUCAUGUGCAUAGUUUAGCAAGGCCUGCUGCCUCUGGAGCUUUUUCCCUUUAUAGCACCAUUGAAUCCCAGUCCUAACAGAAGUACUGCGAAUUUUGUGGCCUCAUUCUGAACAAAAGGGAUUAGAGAAGAAAAAAUCUCUUGAUAUAAGGCUUGAAGGCAAGAGCAGGCAAUCCUGGUUGUGAAUAUUUUCUGAUUUUUCCAGAAAUCAAGCAGAAGAUUGAGCUGCUGAUGUCAGUUAACUCUGAGAAGUCGUCCUCUUCAGAAAGGCCGGAGCCUCAGCAGAAAGCUCCUUUAGUACCUCCUCCUCCGCCGCCGCCACCACCACCACCUUUGCCAGAUCCAACCCCCCCAGAGCCAGAGGAGGAAAUCCUGGGAUCAGACGAUGAAGAGCAAGAGGACCCUGCGGACUACUGCAAAGGUGGCUAUCAUCCAGUGAAAAUUGGAGACCUCUUUAAUGGCCGGUAUCAUGUUAUUAGAAAGCUUGGAUGGGGGCACUUCUCUACCGUCUGGCUAUGCUGGGAUAUGCAAGGGAAAAGAUUUGUUGCAAUGAAAGUUGUAAAAAGUGCUCAGCAUUAUACAGAGACAGCCUUGGAUGAAAUAAAAUUGCUCAAAUGUGUUCGAGAGAGUGAUCCCAGUGACCCAAACAAAGACAUGGUAGUCCAGCUCAUUGAUGACUUCAAAAUUUCAGGCAUGAAUGGGAUACAUGUGUGCAUGGUCUUUGAAGUGCUUGGCCAUCAUCUCCUCAAGUGGAUCAUCAAGUCCAACUAUCAAGGCCUCCCAGUUCGUUGUGUGAAGAGUAUCAUUAGACAGGUCCUUCAAGGGUUAGAUUAUCUACACAGUAAGUGCAAGAUUAUUCAUACUGACAUAAAGCCAGAAAACAUCUUGAUGUGUGUGGACGAUGCCUAUGUGAGAAGAAUGGCAGCCGAGGCCACCGAGUGGCAGAAAGCAGGUGCUCCUCCCCCGUCGGGGUCUGCAGUGAGUACAGCUCCACAACAAAAACCUAUAGGAAAAAUAUCUAAAAACAAAAAGAAAAAACUGAAAAAGAAACAGAAGAGGCAGGCAGAGUUAUUGGAAAAACGCCUGCAAGAGAUAGAAGAAUUGGAACGAGAAGCUGAAAGGAAAAUAAUAGAAGAAAACAUCACCUCAGGUGUGCCUUCCAACGAGCAGGACGGUGAAUACUGCCCGGAGGUGAAGCUAAAAGCAGCAGGAUUAGAGGAGGCAGCAGAGGCAGAGACUGCGAAGGACAAUGGUGAAGUUGAGGACCAGGAAGAGAAAGAAGAUGCCGAGAAAGAAAACAUUGAGAAAGAUGAAGAUGACGUUGAGCAGGAACUCGCGAACCUAGACCCUGCAUGGAUAGAAUCCCCGAAAACCAACGGUCAUAUUGAGAAUGGCCCGUUCUUACUGGAGCAGCAGUUAGAUGAUGAAGAGGAUGAUGAAGAUGACUGCCCAAAUCCUGAGGAAUAUAACCUUGAUGAGCCAAAUGCAGAAAGCGAUUACACGUAUAGCAGCUCCUAUGAACAAUUCAAUGGUGAAUUGCCAAAUGGACGACAUAAAAUUUCUGAGUCACAGUUUCCAGAGUUUUCCACCUCCUUGUUCUCUGGGUCCUUGGAACCUGUGGCUUGCGGCUCUGUUCUUUCUGAGGGAUCCCCACUUACUGAGCCAGAGGAAAGCAGUCCAUCCCACGACAGAAGCAGGACAGUGUCAGCUUCCAGUACUGGAGAGUUGCCAAAAACAAAAACCCGGGCGGCUGACUUGUUGGUGAAUCCCCUUGAUCCACGGAAUGCAGAUAAAAUUAGAGUAAAAAUUGCUGACCUGGGAAAUGCUUGCUGGGUGCAUAAACACUUCACAGAAGACAUCCAGACGCGCCAGUAUAGAUCCAUAGAGGUCUUAAUAGGCGCAGGCUACAGCACACCUGCUGACAUUUGGAGCACCGCGUGUAUGGCAUUUGAGCUGGCAACGGGGGAUUAUUUGUUUGAACCACAUUCUGGGGAAGACUAUUCCAGAGAUGAAGGAGAACUGCGGCACAUCACCAAGCUGAAGCCCUGGAGCCUCUUUGAUGUGCUUGUGGAAAAGUACGGCUGGCCCCAUGAAGAUGCUGCGCAGUUUACAGAUUUCCUGAUUCCGAUGUUAGAAAUGGUUCCAGAAAAACGAGCCUCAGCUGGUGAAUGCCUUCGGCAUCCUUGGUUGAAUUCUUAGCAUAUUCUACCAAUAUAGCAUUCUGAGCUAGCAAAUGUUCCCAGUACAUUGGACCUAAACGGUGACUUUCAUUCUUUAUCAGGAUUACAAGUGAGCUGGCUUCAUCCUCAGACCUUUAUUUUGCUUUGAGGUACUGUCAUUUGACAUUUUGCUUUUUGUGCACUGUGGUCCUGGGGAAGGGUAGUCUUUUGUCCUCAGCUAAGUAGUUUACUGACCAUUUUCUUCUGGAAACAAUAACAUGUCUCUAAGCAUUGUUUCUUGUGUUGUGUGACAUUCAAAUAUCACUUUUUUUGAACGAAAAAUACUUUCCCCUUUGUGUUUUGGCAGGUUUUGUAACUAUUUAUGAAGAAAUAUUUUAGCUGAGUACUAUAUAAUUUACAAUCUUAAGAAAUUAUCAAGUUGGAACCAAGAAAUAGCAAGGAAAUGUACAAUUUUAUCUUCUGGCAAAGGGACAUCAUUCCUGUAUUAUAGUGUAUGUAAAUGCACCUGUAAAUGUUAAUUUCCAUUAAAUAUGGGAUGGGGACUCAAAUUUCAGAAAAGCUACCAAGUCUUGAGUGCUUUGUAGCCAAAGUUGCAUGUAGCAGACUUUAACUGCUCCAAGGAGUUGUGCAAAACUUUUCAUUCCAUAAUAGUCCUUUUACAUUGGAUUUUAAACAGAGUGGCUCUGGGUUACAAGAUGUCAUUCCCUAGAUGACACUUUAAAGGAAGAAAAGACAUGCUUCUCAUUCUGAAAUAUGCAUUAUAAUUCAGCAGUCCCAUUCAUAUUUUUGCAUAUUUUUAAAGAAAAAGCAAUUUCCCUUUAAAAAUGUGAUGGCCUGGUACCAUGUGGUGUUGCUUCCUCUAAGCAUUGUAAGUUAAACUCGAUGUAGAUUAAAUUGGACAAGAGAAACAUGUUCAGUGUGUGGAAUGAAAAAAAUUAUAUAUAUUUUUGGAAAAGCAUGAUCGUGUUUAUCUAAAACACAAGGUAUGGUCUAUACAGAUCACAGUGCAGUGGGCAGAACACUCUUCAGCUCCAAGUUACAGUAUCCACAUUCAUUGCAUAGGCGACUUUAUGUGUGGCUAUGACAAACUUUACAAGCUUUUUCAUUGUCUUUCCAUGAAUUGAAGUUGAGAAAAUGAUUUUCCCUUUGCAGGUUGUACACAGUUUUGUUUAUGCAUUUCCUAAAAAUUGUAGAAUCCAGGACACAAACCAUAGUAGGCAAUACAAUUUUAGAAUGUAAUAUAUAGAGGUAUAUUUAGCCUCUUUUAGAAGUCAGUGGAUUGAAUGUUUUUUUAUUUUGAAUUUUACAUUCAUUAAGGUGCCUCGUUUUUGACUUUGUCCAUUAACAUUUAUCCAUAUGCCUUUGCAAUAACUAGAUUGUGAAAAGCUAACAAGUGUUGUAACAAUAAUCCAUUGUUUGAGGUGCUUGCAGUUGUCUUAAAAAUUAAAGUGUUUUGGUUUUUUUUUUC